GCUUGACUUAGAAAACCAAAGUGUAGAGCUGAGAUAGCCGGAUCCGAAACCUUCCGAGGAAAACAAUGGCGGAAGAUUUGGUGUUAGAUACGGCGAUCAGAGACUGGGUGUUGAUACCUUUAUCGGUGGUCAUGGUGCUCAUCGGAGUCCUCCGUUACUUCGUAUCUAAGCUCAUGCGCUCCGAUCAAGUUCCCGAUCUCAAAAUCGUCAAAGAAGGGCAACUGAUAACUAGGGCGAGGAAUCUUAGGGCGGCCGCUAAUUUCAUCCCUGCUAAGUCGUUUCGUGCUCGAAAGCAUUACUACAGCAAUGAGGAGAAUGGAUUACUACACGUCCCCAAGGGUCAAGCUCAGAACCCACAGGCACAGAUGUUUUCGGAUCCGAACAUGGCUAUGGAUAUGAUGAAAAAAAAUCUCUCAAUGAUUAUUCCACAGACACUUACUUUUGCCUGGGUUAACUUUUUCUUCUCUGGAUUCGUAGCAGCAAAGAUUCCAUUUCCUCUUACCCAGAGAUUCAGGGCAAUGCUGCAAAAUGGCAUAGACUUGAGCACUGUCGAUGUUAGUUAUGUCAGCAGUCGCUCUUGGUAUUUUCUCAAUCUUUUUGGGCUAAGGGGUCUCUUCAGUCUUAUUCUUGGAGAAGACAAUGCAACUGAUGAUACACAGCGCAUGAUGCAGAUGGGUGGAUUUGGAUUCGACCCAACCAGGAGUUUGGGUGCAGAGAAAGAUAAUCUGGACAUCGUCCAACAUGACUGGGCCUUACCAAAAUUCGAGCAGCGAGCAGAAUCAGUAUUGAAGAAACUUGUCCAGAAAUGACCAAGUACAUGCGGUCCGUAGUCAUACUCAUACAUCAUUGCUGCUGCUAUCCCCCAUGCUCUUCGUGGUGCGUCUGGAGCCAUGAUCCCAGUAGUUCUAAACGAAAGGAUAUCGAGUGCUGGGGUCUAAACCAGCCAAAACCGCCUCAUUACAUUGUUUGUUUUAACUGUAGUAAAAGGAACCAUCUUUGAUGUUGGCUGUAGGUUUUAACAAAUGGUAAUACUUUGCCCCCAGUUAAUUUUUUAAGCAA